GACUGACGUCGGCAGCCGGUCAUAUCGAGGACACGGAAAAGGCAGCUUGUAGAUCGUUAGACUGUGGUGAGAAAUGGCGAUGUUCCGGAGCUUGGAGACUGGAUGGAAGAAGACUGGUGAAGCAGAAGGUGACAGGGAUCCUUCAGAAUUCGUCUGCCCGGUUUGCCUGGAGAUCUACGAUCGACCAGUAACAACGAUUUGCAACCACACGUUUUGCUACUCCUGUCUUCAAGAGUGUUUACGCCCUAAGAAACCUGUGUGUGCAGUGUGCCGGUCUCAGCUUAAUAAAUGGUCACCAGCAGUUAAGCUGGAUGCUCUAAUACAGAAGUCCCAGGGAAAAUGUAAGGGGUGCCAUACCCAGAUAUACCUUUCCCAGAUGAGGAGUCACACUGCUGGUUGCCCUAAAUUUCAGGAGUACAUCAUGGAAGGAGUCAAUAGAACUGCCAAGUCACAGCCACAAGUAGUCAACCCUGUGCCAAAUCGGUUCACAUUUACCUGCCCUUAUUGUAAUUCCCAAAAUCUGGAUCAGGAAGGAUUGAUAGAGCACUGCACUUCUCAGCAUGCCCGUGAUCCUCGCCUUGUGGUCUGCCCAAUCUGUGCUUCAAUGCCAUGGGGAGAUCCUAAUUAUAGAAGUACAAACUUCUUCCAGCACUUGAAAAUGCGACACACUUUCUCCUAUGAUACUUUUGUGGAUUUUGAUGCAGAUGAGAAUGCCAUGAUGCAAGAAGCUCUACAACGUUCUCUUUUAGACAAUUAGUUACAUCUGGAGUCUAGAUGCAGUGCAUCAGAGUUCAAGCCACGCUGUUAAAGGUGUAGAUUUCAUGUUCACCCAAUAGCAUUGUCCUGCACUGAAAUAACUAAUGUAUUCCCAUUUUUCCUGGUUGAAGUGUGGAUGGGUCAGCAAUUUAUAAGUUGAGUGUAUUGUUCUGUUUGCUUUUUAGUUAUCUUUGUAUUGUGUUGUCUCUAGAAGACACAUUGGGAGACCAAAACCUUAGAGCACACACCCUUAUUUUAGAGUAUCCCUUGGGAUGAUAUAUUGUAUUGUAUUGCUUUAAGUUUUGGAACAUAUAUUAACAGGUUAACUUAAUAUCAUACAUUAACAUGUAAGAAAUGUGAUCUGUAACAGGGUGUGCAAUAUAAGCCCGUUGAGUUUAGUUCAGUUUGUUGAGCAUCUGUGCAGUUUACAGUGAAAUAUACUGUAUUAGUCUUGAAUCCCAUUUUUGGAAGCCUUAAAUUCCAAAAGCAAUGAGAAUUUGUUUUGUAGAGUUAUUCAAACGUUUACUAUGUUUUUAACAAGGAAGCAUUUAGUGCCUUCUAAAUGAUUGCAAAUGAAUCCUAAUAAAGAUGUACGAUGUAAAAAGCAGGAGAAGUCUUAAAUUGUUGAAAUAUAUAAUAAAAAUAAGGAAGCAACCUCAAUAAUGAGAUCAUGCAAAUGAAGGGAAAGAAAACCAUUUCAGCUGGAAACAAGCUACAGUAAAUCACUAAUGCACAUAUUUAGCAAAGUUAAUUGCGAAGUGCAGCCCUUUCAAUCUGCAUUUCCUAUUCUGUUAAAAAAGAAAUUGAUAGACAAAUAAAUAGAUAGAGGCAAAAGUUUAAUACAAGUAAAUUGUAGUUUUUAAUUUGAAACAUGUCAGAUUACCUUUUCCAUGUCACUAUUUCAUUAUCGAAAGAAACAUGUGAAAUGAAUGUUUUCUUUUUAUUAUUUAUUUUAUUUUUGACUGGGCUCCACCAUUAGCACAAAAGUGAGAUUAUCCUUGUGAUUUCACAUUUGUUAAUUAUUUAGCCUAAACAGCUAUUAUUCACUUCCAUUCAUUUUUUUUAAACUCAUCCCAGUACAGAAUUUGUGAUGUAUGCAGGUUGUUGCCUGUCAUGCAAUAUCAUACAUUUAAUUUUGGGCUAAUUGGAAAUUAUUUUAAUUCCAGAAGUUAAUUAGCCCGCAAAUCUGAGAUUAGAUUAAGAAGGUUGGAAAAUAGAUUAAUUGAAUUUAUGUUAAAUAUUAGAAUGAACACCUUAACCUUUGACUGAAUGCUUAAUUGGUUUUGCACAAUUAUAAUACUUGUGCCAUUGCACCAUUUUAUACUCUCAGAACAGUCCAUACUGAAUAAGUUGUGCAGUGGUUGUUUAACAUUAGAAAGGAAUUUUGCUAACACAAUUUGUAUAUUUGUUAUCUAGAAAAUUGGGUAUAAUA